CAUUCCAUUGUUGCAAGUUGUAGAAGCUCCUCAAUAAAGGACUUCACUUCGUCGCAUCGCGUCGCGAGUUUCACCUCAUCAUAUAUAUUUUCUGUUCACUUAUAUUUCGCAUUCUCAUGGUGUUAUAAGAUAAUUUUCAAAACUUAAAUUAAAGUCAUACAAAGUUCAGCAGCUAUAGCUUUAUAUUUGCAGUUACAAUUACAAAAGCACUUAUAUGUAUGUCGACCGUAAACGACAUCAAAGCCCCUCCCAACCCCACUCUACUUGGUCGUAAAAAAGAGAUAUCCUUUCAAAUGGCGUUUUAUUGAUACAAAUCUGAAUGUGGAGUUUUGUUGUUAGUUUUUGUUUUGUGGCCUCAAUGCAUAAAUAAAAGAAAAUACACGAAAAAAAAAAAUUGUCAUGGAAAUUUUUAAUUCGAGAAAUUUAAUUAUUUAGUUGUUAAAGUUUAACCUUAAUUCACAAAACGCAAAAUUUGCAAAACAAUAAACCCUUACUCUUCUUCUUGCCGUGUGAAGUAAAGAAUGUGGGUCCUUGUACCCUUCAAUUAGGUAAUUGUGUGCAGGCGUAGACCAUAAACCAUUUAGACAAAACAAAGCAGAAAUAGAAACAGAGAAAAAGACGCCAGUGGUGUCGAGAGUAGCGCUGAGGUCAACCGCAUAAGGACACCCUCAACAAACAUACCAACGAACAACAACAAUGGGUCGGAGAAAAAAUAAACCAAGACUUAUACCCGAACAGGAUAAGCGAAUCUGUGGAUCAAUAUGCUUCUGCCAGUUGACCAUGGUACUGUCAUGUGUUUCCAUUGUUUACCUCAGUGUUGCAGUUUACUCACCUUCCUUUCAAGCCUUCAAAUCGGGAUUCGAACCUGAUCCGGUAAUGUGCCAAACGGUCGAUAUACAAAUGCCAAAUAAUUGUCCAUGGGCCUCCUGUGGGGAAUGGUGUUUGACCAAGACGAGCGGCUUUUGUCCACAAAUUCAUUCGGUGGUGCGACGCAAUGGAACCGAUAUCCAACUCAACAACUGCACAAGGAUAACAACGACUUCAUGCCCGAUGAUCGACUUGCAAAAUUUAAAAAAAUUCAACUGCAACAAUGGAACAGCCUGCAACAACCUACGCGGUGUAUUCAACUGUUCAAAUGGACACUGCAAGAAUAUGUCAGAAUUUUUCCUAUGCCAUCACAAGGCUGACGGGCCCACACUCAAUUCUGAAAAGGACAACACAAAGCUAAACGGCUUCUUUGAAUGCAGAGGUAUUCAGUGUACGAAAAUAAAGAAGCCCUUCCUAUGUGACCGCUAUUGCUCCAAGAUAACUACAACAAAAAUUAAUGUCCUGCUGAUGCAAGACAACAAUCUUGUGACUGCGGAAUGUGAGCACGGAGUGGCAUUUAAUGAAGCCCGAGGCCCCAACAAGGGAGUCCGCAUACCACCCACCGAUUUCUGGAAAGAAGAUGAUGGCGAUUUGUUGGCAAAUUGUAUGACUGUAGCAAAAGAUGGCGACAAAAUUGUAGCUACCGACUGCCUUAAUGGAACACUUCUAGACCACGACAUUUUCCCACAUCCCUUCAUGAAUUUCACCCAAUUUUGGGAAAUUUACGACAAAAGCAACAAUAUUUUAGAUCCAGACCAGAGAUUUUUGCCAAAACAAGACAACCUUACAAUUUAUAGUUCGAAGAAAUUGUUCAUUAACCUGGAAGGAUGCGUGAAUACGCUUCGAGGGGAAUGUAAGGACUUUGUUGCUCGAUAUGGUAGUGAUGGUGAUAAUGAUACAGCCCAAUCAAGAUAUCAAUGUUUUUACAAUAAGGCCGAAUCAGUUCCUUUUGUGGUUGCACGAUUUGAUUUGGAUAAAACAUACAAGGAGCUACUGAUAGCACUCAUUCUUCCGAUUGUCCUGUUUGUUCUUUCAUCAAUCUCGCUGUGUAUUAUAACAAAUACAGUCAAGGUUGGUGAUGAUGCAAAGAUGCGAUGUGUUUGCUCAGCAGAUGAUUCAGAUGGAGAUGGAGCAAUGAGUAUGGGACUAAGAAACCAAAAUGGACGAUAUCAAGAUGAAGAUUGUCCGAUGGGAUUAGCAGAUUUGCCAGAGGACCAACCCACCGAUUCUCAUGAAAUGAUCGGAAGUACAAAAUCAUUAAUACCAAUAAGUCCUUGCGAGGAGACAGCCGAUAAUGCCUUCCACGAUGAAAAGUCAUCAAAGUGUGAUGCUCCAGAAAAACCAUUAGUGGUCAUUUAAUGAAAUUAAAAAUGCAAUUAAUAUGCGAACAAAACACACACACAUACUCAUCUUACUAUUAAAAUAUAUGUGUACAUAUAUGUUUGUAUUCCACACAUCUAACAAUAUUAUAUUAAAUGUUUUAUCUACAUACUUUCAUCUACCAUCUACAAACCUUCGACUUAAACUCUGGCUGGAAAAAAGGAUAUUCUAAAAAAACAAACUCUCCUUAACUGCCGUGUAGUGUACAAGGAUGUUAUAUGAAUCCAAAACUAAUAGCACCAACAACAAAAACAAAAACAACAGAAGCAGCAGAAAUAAAAACAGAAAUUAUAUACAAAAUUGUAUUACCUUACGAUACGAGUUACGUUAAAAGGUUAGAAUGGGAAGAGAGUCCUAGAGGUAUUCGUAUUAGGAAUGUAAAAUGGAUUAAGGACGGUAGUUUUUUUCUGUGAGGAGCCAACCAACUUGCUCCUAUCAGCAGUGCCCCAUAUAAAGGAGUCUUUUAAUUUCUCCAUUACUCUGGGCAAUUUAAUUGUGUUUAUAAUUUUAAAAAAAAUAUCAUCGCAUCACAUCGCCAUCGUAGCCAUCGGUUGGAUGAACAAAUGAGGCUCAACUCACUCGAGGAAUUACUUAUGUUUAUUGGAUCUUAUAAAUAUGUAAUACUAAAAGCAGUGUAAGCUUUAACAAACGGAAUUGUCUAAAAAAAUACUUUAAUAACUUCAUUAAGAGCAUUUAAGAAAAAACAAAUAUAAAUAUAUACUGUCAACUUCUCAUACUCGUAUGUAAUUUAUUUUUACAUUUUUAAUACUUUCCCACCGGAUGUAUAUUUUUCUUUAACUUUUACCAAACAAAAAAUUGGAUUUACACUUUUAUAUGUAU